AUGUUUAUCGACUACGAAUAUGCAGAUUUCAACUACACCCUCUUCGACAUCGCCAACCACUUCUGUGAAUUCGCAGGUGUCGAGAAUCCUGAUUAUAAGCAAUGCCCAGAUCGUGACGAAAUGCGUGUAUUUUUAUGCUUUUAUCUGGAAGCAAGACAUGGUCACGUGGAUAAAAAUAGGUUAACAGCAAUGUUGAGACGAAUUUCACUAUUUCAAGCGGUACGUAGAAAUAUUUUAUCAUCACAAUUUAAAUCUUUGGCUUCAUAUCUUACAUAUCUAGAACACUACGUCGAAAUCUGA